AUGAUAUAUGGUCGAUGGCUAUAUAUUUUCAGCGAGGGCUUUGAUGAGACGACAUUUUUCAACAUUUCAGUUGCCUCUUACGAUAAAAAAUUUUCCGUUCUUUACGGCCGAGUGUCGACCAGGAAGCAUAAAAAGUGGGAGGGAGAUGGUAUACUUUUUUGUAAGGAUCGAACAGAUGGUGUAGAUAUAGCUCGGUCAAAUACUUUUACAAGGAAAGGUAUAAGUGAACUAUGUGACGGAAGCCGAUUAGUAGUUGGAGGAUUUGAAGUUGAAGUUCAGGAGCAGGUUGCGGCUUCAGGCACCUCUUUUGGUGAUAGCUUACAAUCAGGGGAUUCGUUUCCUCUACGAAAAACUAAAAGUAGUUUGCGAUACGUCCUUGUGCAGCAUGUGCUUCAGGAUAUUUUUAGAAUAUUCAGCAUGUUUAUUCGUUUUGCUGCUAUAAAUAAUGUAGGGGUUCUAAGUCUUCAUAUUCAGUAUGCAGGCAGUGGCGUUGUUCUUGCUGAUGAAAUGGGGCUUGGUAAAAGUGUACAGACUAUCUCUUUGAUCAUUUCAAUGAUUAAAGAAAAAACGAAGAAUCGUGGUCCUCCUGAAAAGUAUCUACUGAUUGUGCCAUCUUCGUUGGUAAGGAACUGGCAAUGUGAAUUCCUCAAAUGGGUGCCUCAUUCAAGGGUGUUGGCAGUUGAAUUUGAUAGUUAUUUGCGGUCAGUAAGGUGUUCUCCAAUCGCACUAAUGAGCUACGAGAUGGCCGCCUGUAUCGGGGAACCGCUUAAACAAACCGCGUUUUCGUUAGUAGUUUGUGAUGAGGCGCAUAGGUUGAAGAAUGCGAAUGGCAGAAUGCACCGGCUGGUUGGUCUGAUACGGAGACUGCUAUUAACAGGAACGCCAGUUCAAAAUAAUUCAGAUGAACUUUUUGCCCUACUUAACUUGGCUCGUCCGGGAGCAUUUGGCACUCUUGCGGAGUUCAGAAGACUUCUUGACAAUAUUUUAAAAGAUACGUUGUUAAGGCGUACUGCUGAAGUAAACAAUCAGUAUCUUCCCCAAAAAUACGAAUAUAUUCUUUUCUGCCAACUUUCCGAACUGCAGCGAAUGAUAUACAACCGCAUUCGAGAGUUUAUAACGUCCGAUCACUUAACUUUAAUAGAUAUGCUCAAGAAACUUUGCAAUCAUCCUUCAAUAUUGUACCAAAGUGUAUUUUCAAAACUGGAGGGGUCUUCAGAGGUUUGCAUUCUCUGUUUUUCAAAUUUUUUUGGAUUUUUUGAUGUUCUAUCUUUGUUUUCAGGCAAAUUGAGUGUUUUUAUGGAGCUGAUGUGCUCAAUCCGUAAAUGCAAUGAAAAAGUGGUUAUAGUUUCCAAUUUUACCAAGACUCUUGAUAUGCUCGAGACACUAUGCAACUGUCUCUACUUUACUGUUUAUCGUCUCGAUGGCUCUGUGUUACAACAAAAAAGAAUGUUUAUUGUAAAAGAAUUUAAUUCUUCUACUGAAUGCAACUCGGUAUUUCUUCUGAGUACCAAAGCAGGUGGCGUCGGGCUGAAUUUGAUAGGUGCUAGUAGGCUGAUUCUUUUUGAUUCUGAGUGGAACCCAGCUAUAGAUGCUCAAGCGAUGGCAAGGAUUUGGCGUGAUGGACAAACAAAGCCUUGUCAUAUCUACCGUUUAAUCACAACAGGGACCAUAGAUGAAAAGAUUUUACAGCGGCAAGUUAUGAAAACGGGAUUGAGUACUGUUAUCGAGAUUGAAGACAUAGGAGAAGCUAUGAAGACACAUUUUACUGACGAAGAUUUAUACGACAUUUUCUCAUGCGACGACGAAACGGUAUGCAAUACGCAUGACUUAAUGGAGUGCGAUUGUGGAGGGUGUGGAUUGCUGGAUUUUGAAAGAGGCGAUAUUGUUGAAAACGAAGCUUCAUCUUUGCAUGUUAAUAUUUAUAUUGUAAAUUUUUUUCUUUUACAGAGUGUGUCAUUGGCAGCAUUAAUGCGGUGGCGUCAUUACUCAAAAAAGUAUUUGGAACAGUUCGAAAGCUUUAAAGCUGAUGCAGGUUUAUCAGAUUGUUCGCUGAACGAUGUUACAUUUGUCAUGAAAAUUUUGCGUAAUUUUUAA